ACAGUUCUCAACAAACUAUCCGUGCGUUUGCUUACUUCAUAGUUCACGGUAAAAUAUUUAAUAACCACCAUAUUUAUAACGUUCCUCUAAAUUUGAACAAGAGUAUACUGUAUAUUGUCUAAGUGUACAACGUAUCAGGCUUAUGCCUGAUUUCCAAAUUACAUACUUAUUGUGAUUUUCUGGAUUCUUGCAACGGGCUGCUAAUCAGUCGGAGUCCGAUGGGGAAGAAGACGAGAACAUUUGGGAUGAUAAGAAGCUGAAUGAUGCAUACGACAAAGCAUUGAAAAUGGCCAACGCGGAGGUGGCCAAGCGUAUUGCCAUGGCUACAAACACGCAGGUCGGCAAACCAGCAAAAUUAUAUAUUGGUCCAGAAAAGAAAGGCAAGAAAAACAAAUCUUCAAGUAAACCAUCAUCGUCAAAGAAGAAAGGCACAGAAUGGAAGGUAGGCAUGCCCUGCCGUGCCAUCUAUGAUGGCGAUGGCCUGGAAUACGAAGCCUAUGUGCUUAAAAUGUUUGAUGAUGAAGAGUGCAUAGUUAGAUUCAUAGGUUAUGAAAAUUCCGAACUAGUCUCUAUAAAUACAUUGAAGCCAACGCUAGGUAAUGAUGAGAGGGCUCGUCAAAUGGAACAAGCACUUAAUGAGAAGACAGAUGAUGGCUUUGGCAGUCAGUCUCCAAAUUUAGAUAGGAUGGAAUACGGCAGUGAUAGAAUCCCAAGUCCUGGAAGCACUGAUAGGUCAUUCCCAACUAAGAAAACAUCAAAGAAAAAGAAGAAACAUUCAAAGAAUAUGGGCGGAUUUGAACUACCUGAUAUGCCUCUACCAAUGCCAAAUAUAUCAAUGUUAAGGAAUUUAGGUUCAAUGGAGAUGCCGAUGCCUCCUCCUCCGAUGUCGUUCUCAGCACACAACCGCUCAGAUUCCGAGGAGCAGGCGGUAUCUUCAAUGCUGAUCAGUUGGUACAUGAGCGGUUAUUACACUGGACUUUACCAGGGGAUGAAGAGAGCCAAGGAAAACCGCAGAAACAUGUAAACAAAGUCACGUAAAGGGAACACAAUGAAACCAUUUCUUUUUCUUAAAUUAAUUUUAUUUUAGUGCCACAUAAAAAGAAAUUAUGUAUAGAAAUAAAAAUAGAAUAAUGUAAACGAAAAAAUAAAUAAAAUAUGCCUCCAGGUGUCUGUAACUAUAUACAAAUUUACAUUUUGAUGUCGUUUUAAUGACUGCUAUUUCGUAGAAAAAAUAAUGUAAAAGUGUGAUUGGUGGGUUUUUUUAUACACUAGUAUUAUGCUUAUCUCUCCUAUUUUUUUCUUAAUUAGUCGCCGUUUGUAGGUUUUUUUUAAACAUAUCUUUUUUCCUUUUCAAUUCGUAUUAUUGCAAUGUCAUCUAAAAAGCCCAAAAGGAUUUAUAAAGCCAACGCCAAAUUAGUUUGUCAGAAUCAUAAAAACACUUCAUGGUAUCACUGGGUAUCUUUCAAAAAUGGGUAUUUUUUAUAGUAAAGAUAACUUUUGGUAUAAUUAAACUCCAUGAAAAUUUCCCAAUUAUUUAACGUGGACUUAUUUUUUGUGUUAUAACUCUUUAUGUUCUAAAAACAGCGUUAGGAUGCUGGCUAAAGUUCAUGCCUGCUGCUACGUGCACACUUGGUUUACGUUAUACUAAUGUGCAGUGGCAGUGUGGCAAUUUCAUUUUAACAAUAUGUAGAAUAAUCAUAUGUGGAUUCCAAUGCAUUUGGAUCAGUAUAUAAAUGUGUCCUCUAACAGCUGUUUUAAUAAACGAACCCAAUCUUCGAUUGGAUUCCGAAGAGAAACUAACCGGUAUUUUGUAAGCAUUUAUAAAGCAAAAAUAUUCUGAAUAGUCGAAAUUCGUAAUCGAUCGAUAAAAGGGACGUUUAUUAAAAUCUGCAGUAACGAAGGUAAUAUAGAUUUAGUUACUAUGCAUAUUGGAUUAAAUGUAACCCCCAUUAGAGGAGGCUUAUGCCCAGCAGCGAAACAGUCGUAUACAGGGCUAUAGAUAGAAUUGUCUAUGUAACUUAUUCUCAACCAAUGCCGAAUUUCCUUCGUGCUAUCGAUGUAAAAGGUAUAUUUAAAAAAUAAGGAUCAAUAAAUUAAUCAAAUAUGUGGAA